AAUGCAGACAGUGUUAGUUUAAGAUGUUUCUCGCGGCCUAGUAAAUAAAUAAGUUUCUUUUCUCCAAUUUCAAAACAGCUACCUACAUAGGUACAAACUAUGUUUAGUCAAGAAGAGUUUGAAGGUGAAAUAGAAUUCUUAGAUGAAGAUGCAGACAUAGUCCAACAAUGUGUACUGAAUGUCGACAACGAUGCUAAGAUUAAAGGAGCUGAACGUCCCCGGGCUGUAUAUGAACCGCGCAGCUUGCGUGCUGAAGAGAAACAAGGGAGACCGAAAACUAAACGAAAAAGACCUACACCGAAGUCAGAUGAUUCUGAUUACGAUCCGUCUAAGGAGGCGAAGUACGCUCCUAUCAGGAGUAGAAAGCGGCGGUCGAAUGUAACGCCAACUGAAAUGCGCGUGCAACGUGUAGAAUUCGUGGCCAUGCCUGAGUAUAAAAAGAAGGAUAGCUUUAACUCCAAAAUGGAUUUAACAGAACGCAGAAAACUCCAAUUAAGAGUACCAGAUUAUGAUGACCCCCUAUGCUUGCCAGUUCGUUCGCUGAAAAAAGAUAAUCAAGAGCAAAGGAAACUUAGAAACUGGAAUAAUUUGUGUUUGGAACAUUUUAAGAGUUAUGACACACUGUUACGGGUUGACAAACAACCAACUGUUGCCUCCAAGAGAAUUGUGGUUCUAAAUAAUAUACAGAACAGAAUUAAUGGUAGAAUAGAAACAACAAUGUCUGCAAAACUUAGCGUUGAAAAUAAAAAUGGUGGAAAAAGGACAGAAGUUAUUCAAUCUGUUCUCCCUAAAUACAGAGAGAAAAAGCUCCUUAAUAUAAGGUUAAAAGAGCAAAAGAAGCGCAAACCGUUUUACAUAAAAGAUGAGGUCAUAUUAACAAAAGAGGUCCACAAAGAGGAAGAAUCGCUUGUUGUAUACAAACCAAUGGAAUCUUUGUCUUUGGUCUACAAAAUGUUUAAAAACAAAGAUGACGAUUGGCAAUCGGAAAACGAAGACGACCCGGACAGGAGGCAUCUAAAGGAAGUAGCCAGCUGUAAGAUGUGUGCACCAUGCUAUCAGACGUCAUGGCGAGGUUACAAAAACACUAAUAAUAAAAAAAUCCCAUGUAUGAUCUGCGAGCGCCCCUGCAUCUCUAUGUACAACAUGCUGGCUCACAUGAAGAGCCACCCCAACGCGGCCGUCCGAGCUUGCAAGGAACAGAUUUCCAAGUGUUUGGCCACUGCGUUGGAAUACCAUUAUAAGUGCAGAAUAUGCGAUGAAAAGUUUCGCAGCAUUAAGACGUUGCGAUCCCACGUUAAAAAUCAUAAAAGUGGCGAAAAGUUUAAGUGCGAAGUAUGCAACCAAAAUAUUAUGUCAUUAUAGUAAGUGGAUUAAAUAAAAAAGUUGUAUU